AUGAGCUCUGGGGAAGGAGCAGACGAAACCUCGAAGGACGCUAGUGACUCAGCGGCCCUCUUCAAGACCGAUGGAUCUCUUCCUAAAGAGCCUAAAGGAGAUGUAUCCAGUCAGAUAGCAGGUUUUAAAAGGAAUGAACAUAUGAGAGCCAUGGAGGUUCUUCCUAUCCUGAAAGAAAAAGUUGCCUUUUUGUCAGGCGGUAGAGACCGACGCGGGGGUCCUGUGCUUACGUUUCCAUCUCGUAGCAAUCACGACAGAAUACGGCAAGAGGAUCUAAGGAGGCUGAUCGCAUACCUCGCCGGCAUCCCCAGUGACGAUGUGUGUAAACAUGGCUUCACGGUCAUCGUUGAUAUGCGCGGAUCCAAAUGGGAGAGCAUCAAGCCGCUGCUGAAGAUCCUACAAGAGUCCUUCCCUUCCUGCAUCCACGUUGCUCUCAUUAUCAAACCUGACAACUUCUGGCAGAAGCAGAAGACCAACUUCGGAAGCUCCAAGUUUGAAUUUGAGACAACAAUGGUGUCACUGGAGGGUCUUACAAAAGUUGUAGACCCCUCCCAGUUGACAUCAGACUUCGACGGCAGCCUGGAGUACAAUCAUGAAGAGUGGAUUGAGGUGCGCGUGGCUUUUGAGGAGUUCUCUGGUCACGCCACCCAGAUGCUGGCCCGGCUGGAGGAGAUGUACGAAACGGUGUCGAGGAAAGAUUUUCCCCAAGACCUCGACGGAGCUCGUAAAAUGAUAGAAGAGCAUGCAGCGCUGAAGAAAAAAGUAAUAAAGGCUCCAAUAGAAGAGCUGGACACGGAAGGUCAACGGUUACUGCAGCGUAUCCAGAGCACGGAGUCCUUCUCCAACCGUAAUGGUAGCACUGGGGGCAGCGGUGGCAGCGGAGGCAACACAGACGUCCAGGGCCUCGUGCCGCGGAUAAGCCAGCUCCUGGACAAGCUGCACUCCACCCGACAGCAGCUCCAUCAGACAUGGCACGUUCGCAAGCUGCAGCUGGACCAAUGCUUCCAGCUUCGACUCUUUGAACAGGACGCAGAGAAGAUGUUUGAUUGGAUCCUGCACAACAAGGGUUUGUUCCUGGCAGGAUACACAGAGAUCGGUAACAACCACCCUCACGCCGUGGAGCUUCAGACCCAACAUAAUCACUUUGCCAUGAACUGCAUGAAUGUUUACGUCAACAUCAACCGCAUUAUGUCCGUGGGAAACCGGCUUCUUGAGUCGGGUCACUAUGCUUCGCAGCAGAUAAAGCAGAUCUCCAGUCAGUUAGAGCAGGAGUGGAAGGCUUUUGCCGCAGCCCUGGAUGAACGAAGCACUUUAUUGGAUAUGUCUGCUAGCUUUCACCAAAAGUGUGACAAGUACAUGGGUAAUGUGGACUCGUGGUGCAAAGCGUGCGGCGAGGUGGAUCUGCCCUCAGAGCUGCAGGACUUAGAAGACGCCAUCCAUCAUCACCAGGGCCUGUACGAACACAUAACUGCUGCAUACUCGGAGGUGAGCCAGGACGGGAAAGCUCUGCUAGACAAACUACAGCGACCGCUGACUCCCGGCAGCGCAGAUUCUCUGACUGCAUCGGCCAACUACUCCAAAGCGGUACACCAUGUUCUGGACAUCAUCCACGAGGUGCUGCAUCAUCAGCGACAACUGGAGAAUAUCUGGCAGCACCGCAAAGUCCGGCUGCACCAGCGCCUGCAGCUCUGCGUCUUCCAGCAAGACGUACAACAGGUGCUCGACUGGAUAGAAAACCAUGGCGAGGCCUUUCUUAGCAAACAUACAGGUGUGGGGAAGUCUUUGCAUCGAGCCCGAGCCCUUCAAAAACGUCAUGAGGACUUUGAGGAGGUUGCACAGAACACGUACACCAAUGCCGACAAGCUGUUGGAGGCGGCCGAGCAGCUGGCCCAGACGGGAGAGUGCGACCCAGAGGAGAUCUACCAGGCCGCCCACCAACUCGAAGACCGCAUCCAAGACUUUGUUCGCCGCGUGGAGCAGCGCAAAGUCCUGCUGGAUAUGUCUGUCGCCUUCCACACGCACGUCAAAGAGCUCUGGACGUGGCUCGAAGAACUACAAAAAGAGCUUUUGGACGAUGUCUACGCCGAGUCAGUGGAAGCGGUUCAAGAUCUCAUCAAACGCUUCGGUCAGCAGCAGCAAACCACGCUCCAGGUCACAGUCAACGUCAUCAAGGAAGGAGAAGAUCUCAUCCAGCAACUCAGGGACUCGGCCAUUUCCAGCAACAAGACGCCCCACAACAGCUCCAUCCACCACAUCGAGAGCGUCCUGCAGCAGCUGGACGAGGCUCAGGCCCAGAUGGAGGAGCUCUUCCAGGAGCGCAAGAUCAAACUGGAGCUUUUCCUACAGCUGCGAAUAUUUGAGCGCGACGCCAUAGAUAUAAUUUCUGACCUGGACUCGUGGAAUGAAGAGCUAAGCGGGCAGUUGACCGAAUUUGAUACAGAAGACCUUACGGCGGCUGAGCAGAGAUUGCAGCAUCACGCGGACAAAGCCCUCACUAUGAACAAUCUCACUUUUGACGUCAUUCACCAGGGUCAAGAAAUGCUGCAGUACGUGAACGAAGUGCAGGCAUCAGGUGUGGAGCUUCUGUGCGACAGAGACGUGGAUAUGGCAACGCGUGUUCAGGAACUCCUGGAGUUUCUUCACGAGAAACAGCAGGAGUUGGACCUGGCAGCCGAGCAGCACCGCAGACAACUGGAGCAGUGUGUGCAACUCCGGCACCUCCAGGCCGAGGUCAAGCAGGUUCUUGGCUGGAUUCGGAACGGAGAGUCGAUGCUCAACGCCGGGAUGAUCACAGCAAGUUCUCUGCAAGAAGCCGAGCAGCUGCAACGAGAACACGAGCAGUUCCAACAUGCCAUAGAGAAAACCCACCAGAGUGCCCUGCAGGUUCAGCAAAAGGCAGAGGCUCUCCUCCAAGCAAAUCACUACGACAUGGACCUGAUCAGGGACUGCGCCGAGAGUGUGGCCUCGCACUGGCAGCAGCUCAUGUUGAAGAUGGAGGACAGACUGAAGCUGGUCAACGCUUCCGUGGCCUUCUACAAGACAUCGGAGCAGGUGUGCAGCGUGCUGGAGAGCCUGGAGCAGGAGUACAAGCGCGAGGAGGACUGGUGCGGAGGAGCCGACAAACUGGGACCCAACUCCGAGACCGACCACGUCACCCCCAUGAUCAGCAAGCACCUGGAACAGAAGGAAGCAUUUUUGAAGGCGUGCACCUUAGCCAGACGAAAUGCGGACGUUUUCCUGAAGUACAUGCACAGAAACAGCGUGAACAUGCCGGGGAUGCUGAGCCAUGUCAAAGCCCCCGAGCAGCAGGUCAAAAACAUCUUGAACGAGCUGCUUCAGAGGGAGAACCGGGUGCUGCACUUCUGGACCAUGAGGAAGCGGCGGUUAGACCAGUGCCAGCAGUACGUGGUGUUUGAGCGCAGCGCCAAACAGGCUUUGGAAUGGAUUCAUGACACCGGGGAGUUCUACCUUUCAACGCACACCUCCACUGGCUCCAGCAUCCACCACACACAGGAACUGCUGAAGGAGCACGAGGAGUUCCACAUAACGGCCAAGCAAACCAAAGAGCGCGUAAAGCUGCUCAUUCAACUCGCCGAGGGCUUCUGCGACAAAGGGCACAGUCACGCAGCAGAAAUCAAAAAGUGGGUGACUGCUGUGGACAAGCGCUAUAGAGACUUCUCCCUGCGCAUGGACAAGUACCGCUGCAGCCUGGAGAAGGCUCUGGGCAUCUCCCCCGACUCCAACAAAGCUAGCAAAGACCUGCAGCUGGACAAUAUACCUGCCACGGGGACAGAGGUCAAGCUCAGAGAUGCUGCUCAUGAGCUGAAUGAGGAGAAACGAAAGUCUGCACGAAGAAAAGAAUUUAUCAUGGCUGAACUUAUUCAAACGGAGAAAGCCUAUGUGCGAGACUUACGGGAGUGCAUGGAUACGUACUUGUGGGAGAUGACAAGCGGCGUCGAAGAGAUUCCCCCGGGGAUUGUCAACAAAGAGCUCAUUAUCUUUGGGAACAUGCAGGACCUUUAUGAAUUUCACCAUAAUAUCUUCCUCAAAGAGCUGGAGAAAUAUGAGCAGCUACCAGAAGACGUUGGUCAUUGUUUUGUCACAUGGGCUGACAAGUUCCAGAUGUAUGUGAACUAUUGUAAAAACAAACCAGACUCCACUCAGCUAAUCCUGGAGCAUGCAGGGAAUUACUUUGACGAAAUUCAACAGAGACACAGACUUGCUAACUCCAUCUCCUCCUAUCUGAUCAAACCAGUGCAGAGGAUCACAAAGUACCAACUCCUCCUGAAGGAGCUGUUGACUUGUUGUGAAGAGGGUAAAGGAGAGAUUAUUGAUGGCCUCGAAGUUAUGCUCAGUGUUCCCAAAAGAGCCAAUGAUGCCAUGCACCUCUCAAUGCUAGAAGGUUUUGAUGAGAACAUUGACUCCCAGGGUGAGCUGAUUCUACAGGAUUCCUUCCAAGUUUGGGAUCCCAAAACACUUAUCCGAAAAGGCCGUGAGCGACAUCUUUUCCUCUUUGAGAUGUCUCUAGUCUUUAGUAAGGAGGUCAAGGACUCAAAUGGCAGAGGAAAGUACAUCUACAAGAGCAAGCUCUAUACAUCAGAGUUGGGGGUAACGGAGCAUGUUGAAGGAGAUCCCUGUAAAUUUGCUCUUUGGGUUGGACGCACUCCAACAAACGAUAACAAGAUUGUGCUUAAGGCGUCUAACAUUGAGAACAAGCAGGACUGGAUUAAGCACAUCCGGGAGGUGAUUCAGGAGCGCACGAUUCACCUGCGAGGAGCUUUGAAAGAACCCAUCCACAUCCCCAAAGCCACAGCAGUCAAACACCACAAGGGCCGAAGGGAUGGAGAGGAUCUGGACAGUCAGGGUGAAGGCAGCAGUCAACCAGACACCAUCUCUCUGGCCUCUCGCACUUCUCAAAACACUAUGGACAGUGACAAACUCUCUGGAGGCUGUGAGCUCACUGUGGUCAUCCAUGACUUUAUGGCCAGCAACAGUAAUGAGAUGACAGUGCGACGGGGCCAGACCGUGGAGGUGCUGGAGCGAUGUCACGAUAAACCAGACUGGUGCUUAGUCCGGACGACAGACCGGUCCCCGGCUCAGGAGGGGCUGGUACCCUGCUCAAUGCUCUGCAUCGCACAUUCAAGAUCCUCCAUGGAGAUGGAAGGCAUCUAUAACCACAAAGACACUUUGUCGGUGUGCAGUAAUGAUGCAAUAAUGCCUGGUUCCUCUGCUACACUUCAGCCAAAUCAUGGCAUAGGUUCACACUCUUCACCGGGGCCCAAACGACCCGGUAACACACUUAGAAAGUGGCUCACAAGCCCAGUUCGACGGCUAAGCAGCGGCAAAGCAGACGGCCACGUGAAGAAGAUCGCUAAUAAACACAAGAAAAAUCGCGAGGUCCGAAAGAGCGGAGAGAUGACAAUAGGCUCUCAGAAAGACUCUGACGAAAGUGCAGCCACUCCACAAGAUGAAACCGUGGAAGAGAGAGUGCGUAAUGAAGGUCUCUCCAGUGGUACCUUAUCCAAAUCCAGUUCUUCCGGAAUGCAGAGCUGCGGGGAAGAGGAAGGGGAAGAGGGCCCUGACGCUGUUCCUCUGCCGCCCCCUAUGGCCAUCCAACAGCACAGCCUCCUACAGCCAGACGCUCAGGAUGACAAGGCCGCGUCUCGUCUCUCAGUCCGACCGUCUAGUUCAGAAACACCCAGUGCUGCAGAGUUGGUCAGUGCCAUCGAAGAACUGGUGAAAAGCAAAAUGGCUCUGGAAGACAGGCCGAGUUCUCUUUCUGUGGAGCAGGGAGACAGCAGCUCCCCUUCGUGCAUCCCGUCUGACCAGUCUCUGCUGUCCUCCUCCUCUCCCAUGGAAGAGGUGGAUGACCGCAGGGCCAGCCUCCUGAAGAAAAGACAAUACAUCGUUCUCGAGCUCGUUGAGACGGAACGAGAUUAUGUUCGAGACUUGAGCUUGAUUGUGGAGGGGUACAUGAGCAGGAUGAAGGAGGAGGGUGUUCCUGACGAUAUGAAGGGAAAGGACAAAAUUGUAUUCGGAAACAUCCAUCAAAUUUACGACUGGCACAAAGAUUACUUCCUCGGGGAGCUGGAGAAAUGUUUGGAGGACCCCGACAGAUUGGGACCGCUCUUUCUAAAACAGGAUCGCAGGUUAAAUAUGUAUGUUGUGUACUGCCAAAACAAGCCCAAGUCGGAGCACAUCGUCUCAGAGUAUCUGGACACUUACUUUGAGGAUCUAAAGCAGAGGCUCGGCCACAGACUGCAGAUCACAGACCUGCUCAUAAAGCCAGUGCAGAGGAUCAUGAAAUACCAGCUUCUGCUCAAGGAUCUUUUGAAAUGCUCAAAGAAGGCUUCCCUUGAAUCCAUGGAGUUGGAGAAAGCAGUGGAGGUCAUGUGCAUUGUGCCAAAAAGAUGCAAUGAUAUGAUGAAUGUGGGCCGACUUCAGGGAUUUGAGGGGAAGAUUGUGGCGCAGGGCCGUUUGCUGCUGCAGGAUACCUUCAUGGUGUCGGAUCCAGAGAGCACUGUGCACGGACGCAUGAAGGAAAGAAGAGUCUUUCUGUUUGAACAGAUGGUGAUCUUUAGUGAGCCAUUGGACAGAAAGAAGGGCUUUUCUUUGCCCGGAUUCCUCUAUAAACACAGCAUCAAGAUUAGCUGUUUGGGCCUGGAGGAGAAUGUUGAAGGUGAUCUCUGCAAAUUUAUCUUGACGUCUCGCUCCUCCACUGGGACCAUUGAGUCUUUUAUACUCCACUCUGCCCACCCUGGUGUGCGUGAGGUCUGGACCCUGCAAAUUAGUCAGAUAUUGGAAAGCCAACGCAACUUUCUCAAUGAAUACCAGAUGAACCACAUUUCUCCAAACAUGGGAGCUCUGAGUGGAGGAGGCAGCAUGUUGCCUGCUGCUGGAAACUCUCAGGUUAGCUCUCUCUCUUCAGGUCCUUCUGGAGGCUCCCGGAGACCAUCCAGGAUCCCACAGCCGUCUCGCUUACCUCAGCCCACACGCCUCCCUGGGAUUGACAUCGACAGCCCCCACAAAAUGUCAGGUUUGUCUCCCUGCCCUAUCCCUUCACCCCUCACCCCUUCAGCGACUAGUCCACAAAGUAAACGUUCUAGUCAAAACUCGGAAGAUCAAAUACAGGCUCACACUCCAGCCAAUGCUGUGUCUCCCAUUCCCCGUGCCACCGUGGGGCCCUUGCCCUCCACACCCAUUGCCAAAGCUCGGCCUGGAGCCGUGUCCCCUUUGGCCUCACCCAUGGCCACUCCUGCUUUUGGUAAAGAAGCUCAUAUAGGUCCCCCUCCCAGCCCUGGUCCAAAGUCAGGACCUGGCUUUUGGAGCUCCAUGCCUGCUUCCCCAGCCAGCCGGCCUGGUUCCUUCACCUUCCCUGGGGAAGCGGCAGAGACGCCAGUCCGUCAGAAUUCUAAUCAAAUCCAGGCAGGUUCUGGAUCUGGGAGCCAAAAUCAGUCUCACAGACACUCCACCCACAGCAAGGAAGCUGAUCGCAUGAGUACAUGCUCAUCGGCCAGUGAGCAGUCCAUCCAGUCCACCCAGAGCAAUGGGAGUGAAAGUAGCAGCAGCAGUAGCGUAUCAACAAUGUUGGUGACCCAGGACUACAUGGCUGUUAAGGAGGAUGAGAUCAGUGUUUCACAGGGAGAGGUGGUCCAAAUCUUAGCCAGCAACCAGCAAAACAUGUUCCUGGUUUUCAGAGCAGCGACCGAGCAGGGUCCUGCUGCUGAAGGCUGGAUCCCUGGAUUUGUACUUGGACACACCUCUGCCACUGCCCCCGAGUGCCCUGAGGGAUCUGUCAAUAGAAAAUCUUCCUCGUGGCACACAUCAUUACGUAUUCGCAAGAAGUCUGAAAAAAAGGAAAAGGAGGCUAAAAAGGAAACCAAGCUGGAAAAUGGCUACAGGAAGUCCACCAAAGUGUCUGUAAAGCUUCUAAAUCCCAACUACAUCUAUGACGUUCCUCCUGAGUUUCUUGUUCCCCUGAGUGAUGUGUCUUGUGACAACGGAGAAAGCGUCACCCUGAGGUGUAAAGUGUGCGGUCGGCCUCGAGCGUCCCUCACGUGGAAAGGUCCCGACCAAAGCGCCCUGACCAACAACGGACACUUCAGCAUCGCCUGCAGCGACGCAGGUGAAGCGACACUGCGGAUCAUCGGCGCAGACUCGGAGGACGACGGGCUGUACACGUGCGUGGCCACAAACGAACUGGGCACCGUGACCUCCACAGCCAAUCUGCGAGUGCUCGCCGUGUCCAAGGACGGGGUCCGGGUGAGCUGGAAGGACAACUUUGAGGCUCAUUACGUCCAAGUGUCGGAACUCGGCAGGGGCCGGUUCUCUGUCGUGAAACGUUGUGAGCACAGAAGCACAAAAUGCGUGGCUGCAGUCAAACAAGUGAACAAGAAACUCAUGAAACGGGACCGUGUGACCCAGGAGCUCAGCCUGCUGUACCGGCUGCAGCACCCCAACAUCGUGGGCCUGGUCGACACGUACGAGUCCCACAGCAGCUACUCUCUGGUCCUGGAGAUAGUGGACCAAGGCCGUUUGUUGGACUACGUGGUGUGCUGUGGGAACCUCACCGAGGACAAAGUUGCCGGUUACUUACGGGAUGUUUUAGAAGCUUUACACUAUCUCCACAACUGUAGGAUUGUGCAUUUGGACAUAAAGCCUGAGAACCUUUUGGUGGCCCACAGCCCUGGUGGCCUGCCUGUGGUCAAACUCGUAGACUUUGGAGACGCUAUACAGCUCAACAGUGCUCAAUACAUCCACCCUCUGCUGGGCAGUCCUGAAUUUGCGUCCCCAGAAUUGGUGCUGGGAAAGCCGGUGUCCCUGACCUGUGACAUGUGGAGUCUGGGUGUGGUGACGUAUGUGCUGCUGAGCGGCGCGUCGCCCUUCCUGGACGAGAGCGCAGAGGAGACCUGUCUGAACAUUUGUCGGCUGGACUUCAGCUUUCCCAGAGACUACUUCCACGGUGUGACGCAGGCGGCUAGAGACUUUGUGUGCUUGCUGCUGAGGACAGACCCAGGUAGGAGGCCCUCAGCCGGACUGUGCCUCCAGGAGGCAUGGCUCCAGCCGGACAGCCAGGCCCAGGGAACAUUCUGCCUGGACACCUCCCGACUCAUCGCCUUUAUGGACCGAAGGAAACAUCUGACUGACGCUCGGCCCAUAGGAGGAGUCCAAAGCUUUAUUCAAAGUCGUCUUCAGUCCAGAGUUUGA